AUGAAGCCAUUUAGUACCCCUGUACUGGCUAAACGAACAUACCGUGAACUGAAGCUUCUAAAGCACCUUCGUCACGAAAAUUUGAUUAGCUUAAGUGACAUUUUUAUUUCUCCGUUAGAAGACAUUUAUUUUGUUACCGAAUUAUUAGGAACCGACUUACAUCGAUUAUUAACGUCCCGUCCAUUAGAAAAACAGUUUAUCCAGUACUUUUUGUACCAGAUUCUUCGUGGACUUAAGUAUGUUCAUUCAGCUGGCGUGGUCCACAGAGACCUGAAGCCAAGUAACAUUCUCAUCAACGAAAAUUGCGACUUGAAGAUUUGUGAUUUCGGCCUUGCGCGUAUACAAGAUCCUCAAAUGACUGGAUAUGUUUCUACGAGAUACUACAGAGCUCCUGAGAUUAUGCUUACAUGGCAAAAAUACGACGUUGAAGUCGAUAUCUGGAGUGCUGGCUGUAUCUUUGCCGAGAUGUUAGAAGGAAAGCCAUUAUUUCCUGGUCAAGAUCAUGUUCACCAAUUUUCUAUUAUCACUGAACUGUUAGGAAGCCCCCCCGAAGACGUCAUUGACACUAUUGGAAGUGAAAACACUCUUAGAUUUGUCAAGUCUCUACCAAAAAGAGAGAGAAUUCCAUUAUCACAAAAGUUCAAAAAUGGCGACCCUGACGCUAUUGAUCUUAUGGAAAAGAUGCUUGUCUUUGAUCCUAGAAAACGUAUUACCGCCAGCGAUGCUCUAGCUCAUCCUUACCUUGCUCCUUAUCAUGACCCUACUGAUGAGCCUGUAGCUGACGAAAAAUUCGACUGGUCCUUCAACGAUGCUGAUCUGCCUGUUGACACUUGGAAAGUUAUGAUGUACAGUGAAAUUCUUGACUUUCACAAUGUCGACAGUUCUGCUGUAUCUGUUACGGGUGGUGGAGAGCAGGUACCAAUAAUUUCUGAUGCUAAAGAGGUUUCUGCACAAUAG